ACUCUUCAUUUUUAAGUGGCAAGAGACGCCCUCUCCUCGCAGGAACCGCGAAAGCAACUGGGCUCUCAGGAUGUGUUUAUUCAACCAAGUGGCUUAUUUCAUUUCCUUGUUUGCUACCAUUUCUUGUGGAUGUCUGACUCAACUGUAUAAAAAUACCUUCUUCAGAGGUGGGGACCUAGCUGCCAUGUACACCCCGGAUGCCCGGUACUGUCAGAAGAUGUGCACAUUCCACCCCAGGUGUUUGCUGUUCAGCUUUCUCCCAGCAAAUUCAACCCAUGAGCCAGAAAAAAGAUUUGGUUGCUUCUUGAAAGACAGCAUUACAGGAACCCUGCCAAGAGGACACCGAACAAAUGCAAUUUCUGGUCAUUCCUUAAAGCAGUGUGCUCAUCAAAUAAGUGCUUGCCACCGAGACAUUUACAAAGGAAUUGAUAUGAGAGGGUCCAAUUUUAAUAUUUCUAAAGUAAAAAGUGUUGAAGAAUGCCAGAAACUGUGCACCAAUAAUAUUCACUGCCAAUUUUUCACAUUUGCCAUGCAAACAUUUCACAAUGUGGAAUAUGGGAACAACUGCCUACUGAAACACAGUCCAAGUGGAACACCUACCAGCAUAAAGACACUGAACAACCUCGUAUCUGGAUUUUCAUUAAAGCCCUGUGCACUUUCAGAAAUUGGUUGCUCCAUGGAUAUUUUCCAGCACCUUGCCUUUGCAGACCUGAAUGUGGCCCGAAUCAUCACCCCGGAUGCUUUUGUGUGUCGUACCAUCUGCACCUACCACCCCAAUUGCCUCUUCUUCACAUUCUAUACAAAUGCAUGGAAGGUAGAAUCACAAAGAAAUGUUUGUCUCCUGAAGACUUCUCAAAGUGGGAGACCAAGUUCCUUCACUCCUCAAGAAAACGCUAUAUCUGGACACAGUCUCUCCACCUGCAGAAGAACUCUUCCUGAGCCUUGCCAUUUCAAAAUUUACUCUGGAGCUGAUUUUGGAGGAGAAGAACUGAAUAGGACUUUUGUGCAUGGAGUCGGGGCUUGCCAAGAGACUUGUACCAAGACAAUUCGCUGCCAGUUCUUUACAUACUCAUUACUCCCGAAUGACUGCAAGGGAGAGAAGUGUAGAUGUUCCUUAAGAUUAUCUGUGGAUGGCUCUCCAACUAGGAUCACCUAUGGGAUACAAGGGAGCUCUGGUUACUCCUUGAGAUUGUGUGAAGCUGGGGAUAGCUCUACCUGUGCAACGAAAACAAAUGUGCGCAUUGUGGGAGGAACGAACUCUUCUUUAGGGGAGUGGCCUUGGCAGGUCAGCCUGCAAGUGAAGCUGACAACUCAGAAUCAUCUGUGUGGUGGGUCUAUCAUUGGACGCCAAUGGAUCCUGACUGCUGCGCAUUGUUUUGAUGGGAUUCCCUACCGAGAUGUGUGGCGCAUUUAUGGUGGCAUUUUAAACCUGUCAGAUGUUACAAAAGAAACACCUUUCUCAAAAAUAAAAGAACUUAUUAUUCAUGAGAAAUAUAAAAUAGCAGAAGGCAAUUACGACAUUGCUUUGAUAAAACUUCAGACACCUUUGAAUUAUACUGAAUUCCAGAAACCAAUAUGUCUGCCUUCCAAAGAUGAUACAUACACGAUUUAUACCAACUGUUGGGUAACUGGAUGGGGUUACACUAAGGAAAAAGGUGAUAUCCAAAAUACUCUACAAAAGGCAACUAUUCCUUUGGUAGCAAAUGAAGAAUGCCAGAAAAGAUACAGAGAUUACAUCAUAACCAAAACAAUGAUCUGUGCCGGCUACAAAGAAGGAGGAACAGAUGCAUGUAAGGGAGAUUCCGGUGGCCCCUUUGUUUGUAAACACAAUGGAAUAUGGCAGUUGGUGGGCAUCACCAGUUGGGGUGAAGGUUGUGCCCGGAAGGAACAACCAGGUGUCUACACCAAAGUUGCUGAGUAUGUGGACUGGAUAUUAGAGAAGACACAGAGCAACGAUUUGGCACUGUUGGCAGCAUGAGGAGGCUGGGUAGUGAGGGACAGCCCAGCCAGACACCAGCUUCACCACCUGGUCUCAUGUCAAACGCUGAGCUCCAGAAUCCUCUUCUGCAAAAUGUAGAUAGUGGUGUCUACCUCACAUCCUUUUCAUAGCUUAAAAGCACAAGGCAGAGACAGCUGCAGAAGGCAGUGUCUGAACGAGGUUUGCCACUUUCAUGGAGUUACUGAGGCCCUAAUGGGAAAUAUCCAAAGAGUUCCAUGAUUGUUUUGAAAUAAAAUGGUCAAAGCCUGUUA